GUCCCUGGGCACGUGACGGGAAGACAGCAUUUUCAGCUGAAAACGAGCUAGGAUAGUCGGGAAUCGCACAUCCAGGAGUUAAUCCCGGUAUGGGGGACAUGAAGACCCCAGAUUUCGAUGACCUGUUGGCAGCAUUUGACAUUCCUGAUAUUGAUGCCAAAGAGGCUAUCCAGUCUGCCCCAGAUGAGGCAGAGGGACCCCAUGGAGCGGCAGGGACUCCUUUGGGAAAGACAGACAGCGUGGUGGGAUCAUCCUUGAGACCACCCAGCCCCUCAGACCCCCAGGCCGACACCUCCAUUGUUAGUGUGAUUGUGAAAAAUAAAGUGCGCCUCGAGCCUGCAGAUGGAGGAGAGGGAGACACUGAUCAGGACCCUAUUGAUGUGAUCGCAGGGGUUGAUGUGGGCCCUAGACUGGGUGCAUGUGCACCUGGGAUGGCUGAAUCGGAGGCUCUCAACCACAACGGUUUUGGUGCAUCUGGUACAUCCACACCCCUUCCCCUUAGCCAGUCCCAGUCUAACGGGGCGCCCUGGUCGAUGAACACCCCUAAAGUGUCUUCAGAGGUGGCAGGUGCUGGUGCAGCAAAGUCUCACAAACAGGGUGGAAAUAUUUUCAAUAGACUUAAACCACUUGUAGCACAGGGUUCAGGAGAUCCAGUGGGACGGGCCAGAAAGAUGCAGCUCCUUCAGCAGCAGCAUCAGCAGCAGCAGGAUACAGGCCAGGAGAGGGCUGAUGGAGUCAAAGCAUCUUUACCCUCAUCAUCUUCUCUACCAGCUGGCUCCUCUCCUCUGGCUACAGGUGGAUCUACUGGACUAGCCUCGCCUUUUUUUCCACCUUCCAAGCCUCUUCCCACUCCAUCCUCUGCCCUCUCAUCCCAUCCUCUGCACUCUACUCAGCCGUUUAACGGAGCCUCUAAAAGUGGCACUACUGGGUUUCAGAACCAGCAGAAUGAGGAGGAUGAUUCUGACCCUAGUUUAGGGAGUCCACUGGUGAUCCAAGAGAAUCCAGACUCCCCAACUUGCACUCAGCUGAGCCGACGUUACAAAUCUGACUCUGUCUCAGCCCAGCCUACAUCCUCGACUGCUUCGCACCCUAAACCUGGGGACACUCCUUCAGGUGCAUCACAAACUUCAUCAACACCCCAGUCUGGCUCAACAGAGAGCCCCCAGCAGGAAGACCGACAUCCAGAACACGUCAUCGAGGAGAGAGACUCACCAGAGAGUCCUGAGCCCGAGAUGCCAAAAUCAACUGCUCAAGGUGCUACUAAGAGGUGCUCCAGCCCUGCAGUGGCUUCUACUCCACCUCCUGCUGAACUGCGGGAGCCUAAAGAGGAGGAGGAGGAGAUGGAGGUUGGGAAUGGGAUUGAGAGGGUGGUUGAUGGUAAAGCUGAUAAAGGAGAAAAUGCUCAGACGAAUGAGGAGAAGAUGGAGGUUAAUGAUGGAAAGCAAAAAUCGGUGACAACUGAUGGAGGAGAAGCAGGUGUAACUGCACCUACUGCAACUGGAGCUCCAUCCCGACCCUUAAAAGUCAGAAUUAAAACAAUUAAAACCUCCACAGGUGGAAUCACCAGAACUGUUACAAGAGUCGCACCUAAGGGCGGUGCUGCAGGGAAAGGUUUGGACUCUAAAUCUCAAACUGGGGAACGUAAAGUGAUAGGAAACAAGGCCCAAAAACUCGAUGCUUCCUCUGGUUUAACAACAUCAUCCCAGAAAGUAAGUGCGCUGAAUGCGCUGCCUGUGUCCACACUCGCAGCCAGCAGCGUCAUGUUAGCUGCUGCCACAAAAGUCCAAAACAAGAUGGCUGCAUCUGAUAAGGCCAAGGUAUCUGCCACUGCAGUUAGCAUCACUAAAUCUGCUGCUUUGCCUGCAACUCCAGCGGUGGCCUCCUCUCCCAAGUUCUCAGUUGCUGCUGGAGGCAUCAGUGUACGUACAGCUACGAACAAGACAGCUAACGGAGGCAGCACCACCAUCAUAGGUGGCACCCUCCAGCCUAACAAACCGGCCUCCAUCGUCAACAGCACAGGCGCCGUCAUCUCCCGCAGUCAGUCCAGCCUGGUGGAGGCUUUUAACAAAAUCCUGAACAGUAAAAACCUUCUGCCAAGCUACAAACCGGACCUCUCUGCGCCUCCACCUCCUGAGUGGGGUCUCCCGCUCCCAGCAACAGGGUACCGCUGCCUGGAGUGUGGAGAUGCUUUUGCUUUGGAGCGCAGCCUGGCUCGACACUAUGACAGACGAUCACUUCGCAUCGAGGUGACCUGCAACCACUGCGCUAAGAGGCUGGCCUUCUUCAACAAGUGCAGCCUGCUGCUGCAUGCCCGUGAACAUAAGGAGCGUGGCCUGGUCAUGCAGUGCUCACACCUGGUAAUGAGGCCUGUAACUGUGGAGCAGAUGAUUGGACAGCAGGACAUUACACCUAUUGGUGGCCUGCUCUCCUCUUCGUCCUCCUCUCCUCCAGUCUCCUCUCCCUCCACCACCACCGGGGGCUCUGCUACCUCUGCCAACUCCAGCCCCAUGAAGGACGCUUCAGCUCCAGCUGCUUCAAGUCAGACUCGACCGGUCCGCCGCGCACCUCAGGGUCCCCAAGCUCUGAUGCCUCUGCCCUGCAAGAAGGCCGAAGGGCUGCAAUACAACAACUUCAAAUGUCCAGAGUGCCAAACGCAAUUUAACGGCAAGGCUGAGCUGGUCACUCACUUCCAGCAGAUCAGAGCAGCUCCCAACUCUACAUGUACGCAGUGCUCGCCUCCCAUGAUGUUGCCUAACUCGUGUGCAGUUUCUGCCCACCAGAGGAUCCACAAACACAGAGCGCCUCAUGUCUGUCCUGAGUGUGGUGGGACUGCCAGACAGGCGAGCUUCCAGACUCACCUGGAGGAAGCCUGUCUGCACUUUGCAAGACGCAUCGGAUACAGGUGCUCGAGCUGCCAGGUUGUGUUUGGAGGCUUGAACUCCAUCAAGUCCCACAUUCAGACUGCUCACUGCGAGGUCUUCCAUAAGUGCCCCAGCUGCCCCAUGGCCUUCAAAUCGUCCCCCAGCGCCCAGAGUCACAUUAGCACCCAGCACCCGACGCUCACAGGAGGACAGGCCAAAAUGAUCUACAAGUGUGUGAUGUGUGACACAGUUUUUACCCAGAAGCCCUUGCUGUACAUGCACUUUGACACUCAUUUAGCCAAGCAGAAGGUCCAUGUGUUCAAGUGUCCUGAUUGCACCAAGCUCUACGCCCAGAAAGGAUCAAUGAUGGAGCAUAUUAAGACCGCUCACAGAGGACCGUCAGCCAAACAGACAGACCCUCAGUCUGAUUCCUCAAACUCCACCUCAGCCCCCGCCAACACGUCCGGCUCCUCAGGCGUCAAAUCCAAAUCCUCCGGUAAACCCGACAACUCAGACGGAGAGGACUGGGGCCGGGACCAGGAGGAGGAAGAGGAGGAGGAGGAGGAAGAAGAGGAGGAUGACGACGGGGACGAGGACUACGAGGCUCCUGGGGGUAGCAGCAGUCAACCCGCCACACAGACCGAGUGGACCUGCCCACAGUGUCAGACCACCUUCACUGACAACGACGACUACUUGAGUCAUGUGAAGAUGGAGCACGGCAAGUUUCCGUGUCGUAUUUGUGGAGGCACGUUCAGCACGUCUUCCAGUCUGAGACGUCACGAGCGAGUCAUUCACGAAGGCAACAAGAGAGUCUUCCAUUGCCAAUUUUGCACAGAAGGCAAGCGCACCUUUGGGAGUCGGUUCUUACUGGACAAACAUGUGCGACUCCAUCACAGAACCACAGACGGACAGGGUCCUCCAAUGACCAGGAAGCGAGCAGCCACAGGUGGAGAAGGACCGGGCAGUUCCUCAGAACAGGACGGGGAGGUGGGACCUCCAGGAGGCCGGGGGGGAGGAGAAGACGAGGAAAACGCCACAGAAGAUGGCGAGGAGGGUGCAGGUCCCGCCAAGAGAACCAGGGCAUCCGUAGCUUCAACAUCGUUAGCAUCAAAUGAGCUGGAGGAGGAGGACAACAUUUUCCGCUGCGUCCCCUGCGGCUUCUCCACAGAAGACGGGGCGGAGUUUCAGCGUCACAUCCCCCAGCAUCGGGCAGACACCGCCUCCUUCCAGUGCCUGCAGUGCGGUGUCUGCUUCGCUUCGGCCGGCUCUCUGGGCAGGCAUCGCUUUAUCACUCACCGUGUUCGGGACACCCAUGGCGAGGCGGAGCGAGGCACGCCGCGUGCCCAUGGCUCUCCCGACGGCUCGCCUGCAGCCUCCCCUCAAGCAUUGGGUGAGGACAGAGAUGGGAAUCUGAGCUGCAGAGUGUGUGGAAGGCGAUUCGACAAGGCCUCAGACCUCAACACCCACUUCAGGACCCACGGCAUGGCCUUCCUCACCGCACACAAGACGGACAAGCCUCAGUAGAUGGAGGGGGCGGGGCCUCUGAGACUGAUAGGUCAAUAAUAACAAGAGGCUUCAGAAUUUGAAUGUUGAUCCUGAGAUGAAACUGCUGCUUCCUUUGCAGUUUUUAUGAACAGUUUUACUCGAUCUCUGGCACCUCUUCUGUGCAAUUGUUAUCGCAUGUUUGAUCAUGUUACGUAACUGAACUCACCUGUGAUAAACUCUCAAACCACCCCUCCCAGAGUAAAGCAUUUAUAUAUCAGUCA